AGGGACCGAGGCUGAUGGCGGCGGCUGAGAAGUUGGCGGCCGAGAAGUUGGCAGCUGAAGAGGCUGUGGAGAAGGAGAAUCCGGGAGCUCUGAAACCCGGAGCCGCCCCGUUCGGAAAUUUCCCUCAUUAUUCUCGCUUCCACCCUCCCGAGCAAAGGCUCCGCCUUCUACCCCGGGAGCUUCUUCGGCAGCUCUUCCCUCCCGAGGGUCCCGAGAGGAGGCCGAUCCUAGGGCUCGACGUGGGGUGUAACUCCGGGGACCUGAGUGUGGCUCUGUGCAAACAUUUCCUUUCCCUGCGUGAUGGGGAGCCCUGCUCAGGUGCCUCCAGAGAUCUCCGCCUCCUCUGCUGUGAUAUAGAUCCAGUCCUUGUGGAGCGAGCUGAAAAAGCAUGCCCUUUUCCCGAUGCUCUGACCUUUAUCACCUUGGACAUCAUGGAUCAAAGGAACAGGAAGGUUCCCUUGAGUUCUUUCUUAAGCCAGUUUGGACGUUCUGUUUUUGACAUAGUCUUCUGCAUGUCAGUAACCAUGUGGAUUCAUCUGAACCAUGGGGACCGUGGUCUGUGGGAGUUCCUGGCCCAUCUCUCCUCUCUCUGUCGCUACCUCCUUGUGGAGCCACAGCCCUGGAAGUGUUACCGGGCCGCUGCAAGGCGCCUCCGAAAGCUGGGACUCCAUAACUUUGAUCAUUUCAGCUCUCUCACCAUCCGAGGCGAUAUGGCCGGUCAGAUCGUGCGGAUCCUGACGCAGGACCAUGCAAUGGAAUUAGUGCGCUGCUUUGGCAACACCAGCUGGGACCGAAGCCUUCUGCUCUUCAGAGCAAAGCACGCCGUGGAGACUCAUCAGCCCCUGAACCGCUGACAAAGAGACAGAAAGGAAGAAAUGGGAAUUCUGACUAGGAGGGCAAACAGGAAGAGUACCAGGGAUACAAUGUGCCGCUUUCAUACUGAGAAUCGAGUCCACAUCCUGGAGCGAUCGGGCCUCCAGACCUGGCAGGAACUUUUGGCAAAGUGUCUGAAGCAAGCAACUGAAAGAAUUGGUGUCUGUGUUCCCAAUGUUUGGAUAGCCCCUGAGGGGAAUGAAUUCAGAGAGCAGUGAGCUGGGCAGUCUGGAUGGAGAUUGUGGUCCUGGGGAGUGAACUGCCUUUGAAAGCUGUCUUGUUUGCUGGGGACCAAAGUUUGGGUCUUGUAUGUGGUAGUCAAAUAUUCUACCACCAAGCUACACCUCCAGCUCUGCGGGGUAUUUAUAAAAAUCAGAUCCGGGUAAUAAUCUUCUAUUUACUUAUUUUUAUUUUAUGUGCAUUGGCAUUUUGCCUGCAUGUGUGUCUGUGUGAGAGUGUCAGGUCUGUGGGUGCUGGGAAUUGAACAUGGGUCCUCUGGAAGAGCAGUCAGUGCUCUUAGCUGUUGAGCCAUCUCUAGAGCUGCAUACUGCCACUUCUUUGAACUCCUUAAAUCCAACCUGGAUCUUCAGGCCUUUUCUGGACUUGCUUGGCUGCCUUGAAACAGAGCCUCAUGAUGAGAUCUGCAGUGAGAGACCUGGGACUGGCUACAAGAAGUGGCCAGGAGGGAAAGCAUUUCAUCUUUCUAGAUGAGGCCAAGCCUCACACGGUCAUUAUGAACUGAAAGACAUGCUAGCUAGCAUUUUAAAAAAAUACUUAGAAAUACUUAGAAGCUGGGUACAGUGGCAGAUGCUAGCACUUGACAGGCGGGGGCAGGAGGAUCAGGAGUUCAAGGACAGCUUUAAGGCCAGCCUGGCCUAUAUGAGUCCCUCCUGUCUUCAAAAAAUCAAAACCAGUGUGAUAACAGAUGUUUAGGGCUCGGGGUAGAGCUUAAAUGUAGACUGUUUACUCAGUACCUGUAAGGUUUGAUACCUAGCCUUCUCAUCCCCCACAAAAGAACAACAAAAAGAAUUUAAUUAUGAACCCUAAGAUAGGUAGUAAUUUGUGAUUUGGUUCUAUAAUACAGCUCAGCAAUCUUGCUU